AGAUCUAGAUAGAUCAGUGUUCUGUGAGAUAGAUAAGACACCGGGAAUGAGGGACUAAGUGCGAGUUCAUAAAAUUUAGAUACCUACCUACAAGAACCAUGAAGAAAUUAUUCCUUGUAUUUUAUUUAUAUAAUAUAUUAAAUCAAACAAAUAGUGAAUUAAAUAUACCUAUUGUUGUAACAACUUGGAAAUUUGAAAACUCCACAAUCGGAGCUUGGGAUGUGCUUAAGGAAGGGGGCUCAGCUUUAGAUGCCAUUGAAAAAGGGGCGUCAAUCUGUGAAAGUCAGCAAUGUGAUGGAACAGUUGGCUUUGGUGGUAGCCCUGAUGAAAAUGGUGAAACAACACUUGAUGCUCUUUUAAUGAAUGGCAAAACAAUGAAAGUAGGUGCAGUAGGUGCUCUAAGAAGGAUAAAAAAUGCUAUAUCUGUAGCAAGACAUGUUCUUGAACAUACAAAGCAUUCUAUAUUAGUGGGAGAACUCGCUACACAGUUUGCAGUCCAGAUGGGUUUUGAAGAAGAAAAUCUAACUACAAAACAUUCAAAGAAACUGUGGAUGAAUUGGCAUAAUUCUGGUAAUUGUCAGCCAAAUUUUUGGAUGGAUGUCACUCCUGAUCCAAGCCAAUUUUGCGGACCAUAUCAACCAAAACAAAACUUGCAAGAUAGAAAUAAAAUGAUAAAAGGAGAUAGAUUCAACCAUGAUACUAUUGGUAUGGUUGCUAUAGACAAAAAUGGUGACAUUGCUGCAGGCACAUCUACUAAUGGAGCUAAAUACAAAAUUCCAGGGAGAGUAGGUGAUUCUCCUAUUCCUGGAGCUGGGGCUUAUGCUGAUAAUACUAUAGGUGCAGCCACUGCAACUGGUGAUGGUGAUGUCAUGCUUAGAUUUUUGCCCAGCUUUUUGGCUGUAGAGGAAAUGCGACGUGGAGCAUUACCAACGGAAGCGGCGCAAAUAGCGAUUAAAAGAAUAGCAAAAUAUUAUCCUAAUUAUAUGGGGGCUGUUGUUGCAUUAAGAAGGGAUGGAAAAUAUGGUGCUGCCUGUCAUGGACUUGGCGGCAUGCCCUUCCCAUUUGUGGUACAGGGUGACUCUAUGGAUCACCAUAAAGUUGAGCUUGUUGACUGUUUAUAAAAUAUUAUAAAAUAAAUAAAUUUUUAUCUAUCUA